AUGAACGCCGUCACAGAUGAGCAACUCCACGAGCAAUUCGUUAAGACGUACGGAAUUGAGCCAGAGAUUCGAGUCACGUGUCCAGGAAGAGUCAAUUUGAUUGGCGAACACAUUGACUAUCAUGACUACGGUGUGUUCCCAAUGGCCAUCGACGCAUCUACCGUGAUCCUGGCCGCCCGAAAUUCCACGAACAACAUCGUUUUCUCGAAUUUCGACCCGAAAUACACCUCAUGGGAAUCCCCGAUCCCAUGUCCAUGGCAAGGAAGCUCCUCUCCAAAAUGGAGUGAUUAUCUUUUAUGUGGAUGGAAAGGAAUUCUGGAUUUCGAGAAAUCCGAACAAUUCGGAAUCAGUUUUCUGCUCUACGGAACGAUUCCACCAUCAUCUGGACUCUCGUCCAGCUCGUCUCUUGUCUGCGUCUCCGCACUUGCCACGUUGUGCCUGAUUGUGCAGGGAGAUCCAUUCCAGCAUAUUUCCAGAGAGAACUUUGCCCAUUUGUGUGCCAAAAGUGAGCCACUCAUCGGAACACUCAGCGGUGGAAUGGAUCAAGCCGCCGAAGUGUUGGCAUCCGAAGGCACUGCCCUUCGAAUCGAUUUCAAUCCUUUGCGAUCGAAAAACAUUGAACUACCAGAGAAUGCGGUUUUUGUAGUUGUUCACUCGAAUACCGAGCUGAAUAAGGGAGCCACGUCGCAUUACAAUGAGAGGGUCAUCGAGGGACGAAUCGUCGCGCAGAUUCUGAAACGCGAAUUCUCUCUAUCCACCCCAUCGUUCCGUUUGAAGGAUAUUCAAACAUUGUCAGGAAAAUCGUUUGAGGAAAUUCUGAAAAUUGUGGAGGAGAUUAUUCCAGAAGAGCUGACAAAGGAUCAAGUGAUCGAAUUGAUUGGAAAUGAUAAAUUGGAAGAGUGUUUGACAGAAAACACAAGGAAAUUCACCAACUUCAAACUUCGCUCCCGCGCUCGCCACGUCUUCAGUGAGGCGCAUCGUGUGGAACUAUUCGAAUCGGCGUGUGAAUCGAAAGACAUCAAACAGAUGGGCGUCCUGAUGAAUGCCAGCCAUCGAAGCUGUGCAAUCGAUUACGAGUGUAGCUGUGAAGAGUUGGACGCAAUUUGUGAGCUCUAUACAAAGCACGGAGCUCUCGGAGCCCGUCUAACUGGAGCCGGAUGGGGUGGAUGUGCUGUGGUGUUGAUGGCGGCUGAUGACGUGGCGAACAUUGAGAAGCUUCCGUCGCUUUUCGUGUCGAAACCUGGUCAAGGGAUUCGCGUUCAUCGUUUUUGA